ACUGAAAAGCUGGCUGUUUGUCAGCUCUCGGGCGCUCGUGGGAAUGUCCGUGGCGGUGGAAGAAGGGGCUCGGUGGGGAGUGCGGUGAUUCUGGAGACUGAGGCGAACUCCGGGAUCCCGAUCAGACCUGUUCCACCUCGUCCCUGAAAAUGAGUCUUUCUUUUCUCGUAAACUCGCAUAGAACGUUCCAGAAAGAAACACAAGUCCGAGUUAGAUCAGCCAGCAGGUAGAUUUACAAUCUGGUGGUGUGCCAGUCAUUGGUAAUUUGUGGAUCUUUCCGAUGCCUGGAUAUCAGCAAGCACGGAGAAAGCUGCUCUCGUGCUGUCGCACGGAGAGCUCUGAGGAACCACUUGUUAAUCGGAGCCAAAAGACUUCUAGUGAGACACUGGGUGCGCUAGAAAAACCAUGUUUAUCCGAAUGGACCACUUUGGUAUGGCCUCACAAGUUUUGGUCUGCCCACCACAGAUUUAUCAAACUCAGACAAGUGCCUUUUGUAGUGUGAAGAAACUGAAAGUUGAGCCAAGUAGUUGUGUGUACCAUGAGAGAACUUAUCCACGGACUUACAUAAACGGACGCAACCUCGGCAUUGGCCACCCACCACACGUGGCCGCCUCUUCCUUUCAGCUGAAGAACUCCACCGGCAGACCUUGCGGACAUAACAUUUUGGUGGCAGCGAGUGCCAUUGCAUUGGACCCGUUGUGUACCGCUGGGGUCUCGGCAGCGCAGGCGCCGCAGCGCCCCCUGGCGGUGGCACCACAGGGCGAGAGGCCGGGAGGCAGUCUGACCUUGCUGGAGAGCUACCAGCGAUGCGGACUGAAGAGAAAAAGUGAGGAGCUCGACAACCGAGGUAGCGCCAUGCAGAUUGUGGAUGAGCUGUCAAUAAUGCCGGCGAUGAUGCAAGCGGGUGUGGGGAACCCCGUCUCUGUGGUGACCACCGCCUCGAAGCAGAACAGUGCCAGUGGCGAUGGAGACUACCAUCUGAUGCAACAUGAAGUGCUGUGUUCGAUGAAGAACACCUACGAGGUCCUCGACUUCCUGGGCCGUGGGACCUUUGGCCAGGUGGUGAAAUGUUGGAAGAGGGGUACGAAUGAGAUUGUGGCGAUAAAAAUCUUGAAAAACCACCCCUCCUAUGCACGGCAGGGGCAAAUCGAAGUUGGCAUCUUGGCACAGUUGAGCAACGAAAACGCAGACGAGUUUAACUUUGUGCGUGCCUACGAGUGCUUUCAGCACCGAAAUCAUACAUGUUUGGUAUUUGAGAUGUUGGAGCAGAAUUUAUAUGACUUUCUAAAGCAGAACAAGUUUAGUCCCUUGCCCCUAAAAGUGAUCAGGCCAAUCUUGCAGCAAGUGGCCACUGCACUGAAUAAACUAAAGAGCCUUGGUUUAAUCCAUGCGGACCUCAAACCAGAGAAUAUCAUGCUGGUCGAUCCCAUUCGGCAGCCUUACAGGGUUAAAGUGAUUGACUUUGGGUCGGCCAGCCAUGUGUCCAAAGCCGUAUGUUCUACGUAUUUGCAGUCGAGGUAUUACAGAGCGCCAGAGAUUAUUUUGGGUUUGCCAUUUUGUGAAGCCAUAGAUAUGUGGUCAUUGGGGUGUGUGAUUGCUGAGCUAUUUCUUGGAUGGCCUUUAUACCCAGGAGCACUGGAAUAUGACCAGAUACGUUAUAUUUCUCAAACACAAGGGUUACCAGGAGAUCAUUUAUUAAACGUUGGGACAAAGACAACGCGGUUCUUCUCCAGAGACAUCGACUCAACAUAUUCAGGGUGGAAAAUGAAGACUCCGGAAGAACAUGAAACAGAAACAGGGAUGAAAUCGAAGGAAGCCAGAAAGUAUAUCUUUGGUAGUUUGGAUGAUAUAGCGCAUGUGAACGUGGUGAUGGAUUUGGAGGGAAGUGACCUGCAGGCGGAGAAGGCAGAUCGCAUGGAGUUUGUCAGUCUGUUGAAGAAGAUGUUGCUGAUCGAUGCUGACAAGAGGAUCACUCCAGUAGAGGCUAUGAGCCACCCCUUUAUAGCCAUGCAGCACCUACUGGACUUUCCACACAGCAACCACGUCAAGUCCUGUUUCCACAUAAUGGAUGUCUGCAGGUGGAGGCCGAGCUUGUACGAUGUGAUCAACCGCAAUAAGAUGCCAUUCAUGAGACCAGUUGCCUCAAAUAAUGCCGCUAACCUGACCGUGGCUUUUAAUAAACUAGGCUCAGUACACAGCCAGCAUUUACCACCAUCUGGAGCUUCCCUAAUGCACCACGGGAUACCAAUGCAGCCAGGGGCUGCGCAGUUUGGGUGCAACGAAUCUUUCCAACAGACCCUCAUCCUGUGCCCACCCACAAUCCAAGCAGGCAUCGCAACCAAUCCAGGUAAACGCACAGGAUUUUCCAUUCGGAUGGACAGUGCAGUGCCUCUUGUGACCCAGGCUCCCACGAUGCAGCCGCUGCAGCUGCGGCCUGGAGUAUUGACGCAGGCUUGGUCCAGCAGAAGCCAACAGAUACUGGUUCCCACCUGGCAUCAGGUCACGGCAGUCGCGCCCUCCACCACAUCAUUGCAGACUGACUCUGUGGCUGGCUCACAGAGAAUGGGCGACUGGGGGAAGAUACGUGCCCCGGGCAACCGUUACAAUUCCACGUUACCGCAACAUCUCCUGACUAAUCAAAUGGCACUGUCGGGCACUCAGCCCAUCAACGUGGGUAUAGCUCAGGUGGUCUGGACCCACCCCUGUGCCAACAACAAGAAGAGGAACAGGCACUGUCAAAGGAGGAGCAAUAUAUCGUCACAGAGCGGCCUGCAGGACAUGACGCCGGCCUCCCCAAAGACCACCCAGAGCCCAAAGAGCAGCGGAACAGGGGGCUGCCCCGUGGCACGGGACAAUCAGAACGGAAAAGGCGACAGGGGCUUCUGCUGCCCGGACAGCGUGGGCCAGGAUCUGGACGGCAACCUGAUCGUCAACCAGCAACGGCAGACCAUCAUCAUCGCCGACUCGCCCAGCCCUGCCGUCAGCGUCAUCACCAUCAGCAGCGACACGGACGACGACGAGGCGUCUCAGAGCCACUCACCGGGAGAUUGUAAAGGCAGCUUGGACUGCGAAGCUUGCCAGAGCACGCUGAACAUCGACCGGGUGUGUUCGUUAAGUAGUCCCGACAGCACCCUGAGCACCAGUUCAUCCAAUUCUGCGCAUUCCAGCCCGUCUCCCUGCAAGAGGCCAAACAGCAUGUCGGAGGAUGAGCAGGAAAGUGGCUGCGACGCCGCAGAUGGUUCGCCGGCCACCGAUUCGUCCGGCCACACCGAGAGCCCCAGCCUGCAGGAGCGCUUGCUGCAGGACGCUGCCAACCAGAACACCAGCGCCCUGGCCUCCAAACCGGCGGACGGCAGCAAGGCCACCGUGCGCACCAUGGUGGUGCCGCCCAUGAGGGUGCAGAACGGCAAUUCCAUCUCCGUGACCGACUUCAGCGAGCGGGUCUCAAAUACAGAUACAGUGAGGCGGUCAGCGGCAAAGGGCUCUUCAGCUCCUGGAAGAAUAAACCAUCCCUCAGCUGCAGGGAUUCGCCAGCAGAAGUCUGUAUCAGCAUUCCAACAGCAGCCCAUGAAUUUUGGUCAGGUCCAGCCCUACGGAUCGAUGCCUCAGGAAUGGAACGGCAACUAUGGACACCGGAGACAGGCCUUCAUCGGGCCCACCAUCACCAGCCACCCGUUCUCCCUGGCGCAGGGGAGCCCGAACCAACCGGCGGCCCACGGGCACCUGGCGGGGACGGCGCACCUCGGGGGCCAGCCCGCCAUCUUGUCCUACCCUCCGUCAGUGGCGCUGGGCACCUCCGGCCCGGUGGCCCACCUACUGGCCUCCCCCGGCACGACGAGACCGGUGAUGCAGCCAGCGGCCUACAGUAUCUCUCACCACAGCGGCCUGCUCCACCAAGUCCCCCUCGGCCUGGCCCCCCGCCGGCUUCCCUCCCCAGCCAUUCACCAAAGCCACUACAAGCCGGUGUUCCACCCUCACUCCUACAUCGCAGCCUCUCCUGUCUACGCCGGAUUCCCCCUCAGCCCCACAAAACUCAGCCAGUACCCUUAUAUUUGAAGAUUACAGAACAAAGCAGAAAGCAAACCAAUCUCUGGUCCAGUCAUGUAAAGCAUCUGGAAUCGAAGGAACACGUUACCAAUUAAAGAAAAAUUCCAAGUCGUGGCACAAGAAAGUCAAUUUCUUUGCGUUUUUGUUAAAUCAUGGUUUAAAAACAAAGGUGCAUAAACGAGAAAGCCAAGCUUUGAAUCGAACCCACUUUGAAUGUGUCUUUUGCACACUCGACGAUAUAACUCUUAACAGCCCGAGCUCCAAGAAUGUGUCUCAAUCCCAACUGGUGCGGAGCAUGGGGGCGAAAGAGAGAGAGAGAGAGCUCUCUACACUUUGCAUUGCCUUGUGUACAGUGCAAGACACACACACACACACACACACCUGUGAAGCCAUGCUUUCCACCCUGACUGUACAACAGGCUUCACUCGACGCCUGCCAUGUGUGGUGUACAUGCUAAUAUAUUUGUGGUUCUCUCACACCCCCACUGCCCCUAUCUCCCACUGUGUCUUCAAUGUGUGUUCAGUGUUGAGUCAUUAACCGAUAGGGGCGGGGGGAAUGAUUCUCUGCACAUCUGCAUGUGUUUUGCAUGGGCAAGCGUUGCCUAAAGUUGGGAUUUUUCCUCUCUUCAGUGUCAUCAUUAAUGAUGGUUUCCACACCUAGUGCCUUAAAUAUUUUGAGGUUGUUAAUGUUACUACUAUGUCAUGGACUGUAGCACUUAAAAAUCUUAUCUAAUCCAGUGAUUGGGGGAAAUAUAUACAAGCAGGGAAAAGGGGGUAUGUGGGAGGGGGGGGGGGUUAACACGUUAGAUGUUGGGGUUUGGUGUGACGUAUGCUUAUGUAAUCUUUUGAGGAGUGGGCAGUUGUUUUUCUUUGUACCUCACAGCCAUCGGGCCCACCCUAUUAUCUCUCUUUUCUCAAUGGUUUGAGAAUACCUUUGAAGCAUACAGCGGAAGCAUACGGAAUUGGCUGAGGCAAUUUGAUCACUGGUUUCUACUUAAGGUUCAACUCGUAAUAUUAAACAGUGUUUAUACUGUCAGAAUAAAAAUAAUAAUCUGCAAUACAAUCCAAAUAGUGUGUGUGUGUGUGUGUGUGCGCGUUGCGUGUGUGUGUGUGUGUGCGCGUGCGUGUGAGAGAGUGAGUGACUUUUUAAAUAAAAGAUGUUUGCGGUUCAUGGUAUUUAGUGAAAUGACUAGACUUAAGGUGGCAUGGCUUUGAUUAGAAAUCUGAAAACAAAGAUGCAAUUCAUUAUACUCAAUGCCUCAUGUUGUGGUUACACAUUAGCUUAAGCAGUUCAUGCAGUAUUUGAUAUAUGUAGUAAUAUAAUAAUUAGUACUGAAGCUUGAUGAGGUGCAAGUUAAUUGUGUGCAAUGUUCUCAUUUAUUGCAUGUGGCAAAUUUACCCACUUCCUUUUAUCUCUUUUCCAGGGGGGGUCAUUUUGGGGAUUUGGGGGUGAGUUUGCGUUUUAUUUUUGAAGCUCGUUUUUAUGUGUCCACCCGCUUAUUUUUAUACAUUCCGUCAGGGAAGAAGAAAAUAAACCGACACACUUCUACGUGUUCUCGCAGUCAGUCGGCGUGUGUUGUGGCGAGAGAGAUGAAGUUGCUUUGCGCAACACCAAAGACAUUUUCCUGUCAUCCCCAUUUCCUCAGCAAAAUUCGCUACACUGCAUAGACCUCAAUACGGGGAAAAAAACACUCAAAACGAGAAAAAAAAAAAGUGCGUGGCUAAGGAGAGUGAAUUUACAAAAUCUAUUUAAAAAAAUCAACUUUUUUUAACGAAAAAAAAACAUGAUUAAAAAAAAAAACGUUUGAGGUUAUGUUUUAGCUCUUGGGGCAAGUUAUAAAUUGUGUCAUUUAUCUUGAAUGUAUCAUAAAUAAGCUGCUAAUUAAUGAUUGCCACUUCAGAUAGCUGUGAACUAGGUGAUUAUUAACUUUCUUAGCCUUCUCAUUUCUGUAAGUCUAAUUACAUUAAGUAGAAAUGGGUUUUUGAUUAAUUUGGCGUUAAUGUUUGGAGUGUCUUUGUAACUACUGUAUUGUAAAUGAUGAAACUUAAUUGCUUUCUGUUUUUAUUUUGGGUGUGUGUUUGGCAUCAGUAUUUUAACCUCAGUUUGAGCUCAUCUCUGCAUAUAAAUGGAUGUAUUGAUGUAACUUGAUUUUCAUGUUUUUUCAUAUUGGCAUUGUGUUAGUGAAUCUGAAUUACUGUAGCUUGCAGAAUUGACUUAACUUUUUAAAUGAAUUGUUUGACGCUAACAGAUCGCCACUGCAAUCUACAGAAUGCUUUAAUGGCACCGAAUCUCUGCAAUUUUGACAUAAAUAGGUGUUGAAAGAGAAAAAAAAAUGCAGAUCCUAAAAUAUUUCUAAAAACAGCACCAGUUUGAGUUUAAUAAGCUAAUUUGGGGAUUAUCCUUGGUGGUGAGGCUGCUGUUGGUUUCUCGUGUUAAUCAGUAAAGAGCAGUGUUUUAUUUAAUAUCAGCCUUUAGUCAUAGCCAAGGGGGACAAUGUGCCUAAAAUGCAAAAGGCUCUUAAACCGCAGAGCAGUUGUACAGUUAAGUCACAUUUAUAUCGUACCUCUUGUGAGAUUUGGUGCUUUCUAGCAUAGUUCUAUUUUUGUCAACAGACACCACAUGUUUGUAAAAAAAAAAAUAUCACAAAAGAACUCUAAAUGUGGGACGGGAUAUGUGGGAGGAAAUAGCUGGCACGGUUUGGAAAGGCCUUUGCUCUGUCCAACGACAACGGUCGUCAAAGCCAGAGUAUUCCAACAAAAGUGUUGCGUUGAAAUCUUCUCGUCAGCUCUGCACGUUGGUAGAUGCCUUAAAGUCAUUCUUAAAUAAGACACUGUGAAAACGCGGGGAUCGAAGGAGGCGGGAGGGGCAGGCAAACUACAUUUUAAAUCCACGAUUUAUUUCACGUGCAGAUUGUUUUUAAUUCCUUUUUAGCCUUUUCACUUACUAAGCGAAAUCAAGGUCCUUAUGCAAUCAAACAGUUUCUCCAAAGAAAAUGUAUGCCUCAGCUAUUUUAGUUUUAACGGCUUUGAGCCAAAGGGGAUAUCAGUAAGGGGAGGGGGGAGGGGAGCUUGCUAUGGGUUAGAUAUUCAAGGGAGCAGCUAAGUGAGGCUUUUAAUUUACCUCGUGUAGGUCCAUACUCUAUGGUUUACCUGCGUUCUGCCUACUGCAUCAUUCAGUUAGGGUUAAAUCAACGCUGCAUGUUAUGGAAACUUGUUGUUCAGCUUACCCAAAAACUUACACUUGAUUAAUAAGUUGGAACUGUUACUGUUUAAAGAAAUUUGUAGAUUUUUUUGUGGCUGUUUGCUUUUGAUUUUAAUGCUACACUAGUUUGCCAUGUAGCAAUUGCACUGUGCAAUAUUCACAAGACGAGGACUGGGAAAUUUUUAUGGAUGUAUGUCUCUUAAAGUUUGCGUUUAAGUAUUUCUCGCUAGUUCUCAGUGAUUUAAAUGUGACCAAGCCUCGAUACUUUGUCACAUAAAGCGGGUUUUCCAGGUGACUCUUUGGUGAGUGUCAAAAAUAAGAGUUUAUGGUGUAUUAUUGUCGAGAUUCACUUUGAAUUAAAAUAUAUAUUGCUGCAGAAAA